GCCUCCAGCUGCGCGUCUAGAUCUCGCCAGGCGUCGCAGAAUUGUGCCUAUAAAUCCAUGUCGCAGGCGCUGCGCUCUUAUUCCAGCGCUCCUGCGUCCUCGUCUCCCAAAUUCUCAUAUCACAUCGCCGCGUCUUUCAUCGCAAAGGACCGUCCGUAUGACCCGUCCACUCACGUAUUCCAUUUCAACCCGUACAAUCGAAUCCAGCCUCCCCGACAUCGCCGAAAGUCCUCGCGGCCCGAAUCCGGCCAUGAUGCCUUCUUCGUGAGCCGAGUUAAUGAGUCCGGGUCUGUGGCGCUUGGCGUCGCAGACGGAGUGGGCGGCUGGGUGGAUUCUGGAGUCGACCCGGCUGACUUCUCACACGGACUAUGCGAUUAUAUGGCUGCCGUAGCAUACGAAUAUCCCUCCGGAUCCGAUGCGCCUCUCACAGCAAGGAAACUCAUGCAAAAGGGAUACGAAGCGGUAUGCGAGGAUCCAAAUGUGCCCGCUGGCGGCAGUACGGCUUGUGUUGCGAUUGCGAGACCCGAGGGCGUCCUCGACGUGGCAAACCUUGGCGAUUCGGGCUUUCUGCAGCUGCGACUAAAUGCGGUGCAUACAUCCUCCGAGCCACAAACCCACGCGUUCAACACUCCGUUCCAGCUUUCAGUAGUCCCGCCAAGCGUUGCUGCUCGAAUGGCAGCCUUUGGCGGAUCGCAGCUUUGCGAUUUGCCGCGGGAUGCUGAUGUGACACACCACCACUUGCGCCAUGGAGAUGUGCUGGUCUUUGCUACCGAUGGCGUGCUGGACAACCUGUUUAACCAGGAUAUUCUCCGGAUCGCUAGCAGAGUCAUGGCGACGAGCGGCGCAUGGAACAUGGCUGCCAACGAGGCCGUCACCGUAGCUGAUUCUCUGGACAGUCUUACGGGAGCUCCCUAUGAGAGUAAGGCAGCGGAUGGCAAGACGAAAAAGGCCGUGACAUUGCAAAGUCUACUUGCGACUGAACUGGUGCAGGCUGCCAAGCAGGCAAGCGUAAACACAAAAAGAGAUGGGCCAUUUGCCAAAGAAGUAAAGAAGUACUAUCCCCAUGAAAACUGGCAUGGAGGUAAAGUCGACGAUAUCUGCGUUGUCAUCGCCGUUGUCUCAGAAGAUGCGGCCGGCAUCAAAAGCAAGCUCUAG